CUUUAGGUUCUCCUAACUCGAGUUAUGCUCUUCUCUGCAGAUUGGUUCCGCCGCCUCCAACUCCCCGGCAGACCGGCAGGUUGACCACGGCUGCAAAUUAGUACCACACGAGGCGGCAAGCAGCUUCCUUUCCUCCGGCGAUGGCGACGCAGGAUCCCAAAAAUUCUGCUCGCGCGGAGGAGGGGGGCCCCGCCGCGGCCGAGCCGGCGGCGCCAGCGGUGAAGGUGAAGGUGCUCUUCUUCGCGCGCGCGCGGGAACUGACGGGCGUGGCGGAGUCGUCGGUGGAGGUGCCGGCGGGGGCCACCGCGGGGGAGUGCCUCGCACGGGUGCUGGCCGAGUUCCCCAAGCUGGAGGAGAUCCGCGGCUCCAUGGUGCUCGCGCUCAACGAGGAGUACGCGCCAGACUCCGCCAAGGUCGCCGACGGCGACGAGCUCGCCGUCAUACCGCCCAUCAGCGGCGGCUGAAGUUACCACGAGCGAGUUGGAGAGGAAAAAGAAAAACCAGAAACAAAGAAAUAAUACAAGAAAAAUAAAGGUUCUGUCUGCCUUCAUUCUUGCCCUUUCUUCCAUAGAAUGUGCAUGCUGGACAAGCAAUCUCCUGUUCUUGGCACACAUUUUGUUCUUAAAAACACGUUGAUAAAUGAUAGUUUGAUCUGAAAGAGUGACCGAAACAA